AUGAUUCGGGGUUGGAAUACCAUACCUCAAGCAUUUGUUGCUUCAUUGUUUACAUGGGGUGUUACUGCUCUUGGUGCAGCCGUUGUUUUCUUUAUUCCGCCAUCGAGUAAAAAGCUACUUGAUAUAAGUUUGGGUUUUGCUGCUGGAAUUAUGAUAGCAGCAUCAUUUUGGAGUCUGUUGGCACCGGCAAUUGAAUUAUCAGAAACAGAGAUGGGAUCCUUUGCAUUUCUUCCAGUAGCAGUUGGUUUUGCUGGUGGUGCCGCUUUUGUAUAUAUUGCUGAUCGAAUAAUGCCAAGUUGUGUGCUUUCGGAAAUAUCAGUGGUGGAUCUAUUAAAGGAAGAUGUCACGGUAGUCGAUCCCAAAGAAGUUAAAUCGCUGGAUGCAAUUGUUGAAGAAAACAUAUCAAUGGUGAAGCUUAAGGAAACAAACGAUAAUAUUGCACGAAUUCAUCAAACGAAUGAUUCCACAGCUACUACUAACAACACGGAUGGAAGUACCUCAGAUGCGACAGCAACAGUAGCAGUGAUGGAAAAUGGCAACCGAGCAGUUGAUAAGGAACAAGCUUUUAUCACAUCUAUCUCGUGGCGACGCAUCCUUUUGUUAAUUAUUGCCGUUACGGUGCAUAACAUUCCGGAAGGUUUAGCCGUUGGUGUUGCAUUUGGUUCUAUUGGGAAAACAUCUAAGGCAACAUUCGAAUCGGCUUUUGCAUUGGCACUAGGUAUUGGUUUGCAAAAUUUCCCGGAAGGAUUAGCCGUUUCGCUUCCACUUGCUGCUUUUGGCCAUACUAAAAUGAAGUCUUUCUUUUACGGGCAACUAUCCGGUAUGGUAGAGCCAUUGGGAGCAUUAGCUGGUUCAGCUGCCGUGAUCUUAAUGGAGCCAGUUUUGCCAUAUGCGCUAAGUUUCGCUGCAGGUGCAAUGAUUUAUGUUGUUCUGGAUGAUAUUAUACCGGAAGCACAACGAAAUGGUAAUGGUCGAUUAGCAUCUAUAAGUUCAGUUAUUGGUUUCUUGAUUAUGAUGGCAUUGGAUGUCGGUUUGGGUUGA